AUGCGGAUGCCCGCCAACACCAACGCCAACGCCAACGCCGUCGCCGUCGCAGCCGACAACCGGCCGAUCUCCGCCGCUGCUGAUGCCGCUGCUGUUUCUUCUCCUUCCGAGACUCUCCAGCCUCCUCCCGCUCUUCCACCUCCUCUUCCUCCGCCCUCGGUCCCGUCCAUGUCGUUGUCGCUGGCUCGUCCGUCGCGUCAUGACGCCGCCCAGGUUGCCGGUCGCCUCGAACCUUAUUCCUUCUCCGUCAACCAACCGCCACCGCCAACCUACUACCGCCGCUUGGCUGCCGGUCCAGCUCCGGAUCCGGGUCCGGCUGUGUCUUCGGCAUCCACGCCGGCUCCUGCCGCUGCAGCCUCCCGUCAUGACGCGCUCAGAUUCCCCCCCUCGCCGUCGCCAACACCCUCGCAUCCCACCACCUUCGGCGUCCUCGGCAGCAACCACGAUAGAAAUCACAGUAGUUCAAGCUUCAUUAGCAGCGCCAGCCAUGGCUAUGCUACUGUUACCCCGCGUUCCGACCCCAAGCCCAGCCGCUGUUCCGUCAUGGACCUACAGAACGUGCUGUGCGACCCGGAUGACGAUGUGAACAUGUCCUCGUCGCGCUCGAGUCACCCCCCUACGCCCCCCCAUCUUGCUGAUGCACUCAACCUUCCCGCCUCAAGUUCCAUUCCUGCUUCUCCAACCUCGGAUUCAUUGGAGCCACCGAUCUUUGUUGCUCGUCCGAAUCCCUCUCACGUCGUCAUGACCACGAGGCCUCAAUUGCAGACCUCUCGACCCCAGCACACGGAGCCUGGCUGCAAGACCUGUCAGAUCCGCAAGAUGCCUUGUGAUGAGGGGCGUCCCUCAUGCCAGAAUUGCUCACGCAUGGGCAUUCAUUGCUUGGGCUAUCUUUCUCCGAGUCAUGCCAGCACCCAACAGGCGUCGGACCGUUCCGCACCCAGCGUUAGUGCCAACGCCAGACGCCAGGAUCAGGAAGAGUAUCUCUUCUUUCUCCUCGAUCAUUACCGACACACCAAGCGCCACUGCAUGUGGGAACUCAUAACCCUCGAUUUCAAUGAGCACUUUUCUUGCAACAUGCGUAAGGAGGCUUUACAGAUGAUCAAACGCCGAAGAUUCAAAGACAAGGAUACACGGGAAGCUUCACCAAACGAUAUCUUGGGAAAUGCGCAACGUCCCAAAGCCAAAAGAGGCCGGCGACCGAAGUCUAGCGUCCCCUCUCUCCAGUUAAAGGGGGAGGGGCACGGCAACGAGUCAGCCACCGGAUGA